AAUCUUCAUAUGUUGACAGAUUCACAUUCACUGAUAAUAAUAAACAUCUCAAUUUUAAAUCAUUGAUUGAAAACUUGAAGAACAUGAUAAUGAAGAAAUUGUUUAUAUUAUAUAUAGUCAGAUCUUUCAUGUCUCUCUCUACUCUCUCUGUUUCUUUCUCUGCUACUCUCUCUCAAUCUCUUAUAUCUGUCUCCGUGUCUGAUUCUCUCUCUCUCACUAUCUCUGUUUCUGCAAUUCUCACUUCUACUACUUCUGCUUCUUCUGCUUCUGCUGUCUCUGCUUUCAUUAUUAGCUCUCUUUAUUUCAAGAAGAUAUUGUAUAGACUUAAUAAAUCACAUUUAUCAUUCUUAGUUACUCUGGUGUCAGAGGUCAUUUUAAUUGAAGAUGAUAACAUUACUAAGACUACUCUCUUCUAUUCUCAAGCUUCUUUCAGUGCUUUCUUUUUCUUCUCUGCAGAGAAGGUUGUGUGCACAUCAGAUUAUAUGCAUUUA